CAGGCAUUUGUAGAUAACUGCUUUGUCAUUUGAGGAUUCGAGGACACCUAGCAUGCCCUCAACCUGCUCCAGCGACCAAAACAUUUUGCACAACAACAGUGUGCCUGGCAACACUAUUUACUAAUGCUAUCCUCUUCGCACAAUGCAUAACUUUAUGAACAACACACUGUCAUCCACGCGGUGAAACUUAAAAACAAAACAAAGUUCAUACAAGUUUUGUUUUUAAGAAUUGAGAUGACUGACAAUUCCGAAGAGUCACAGCUGGUAUAUAUUUGUGAGCAGCUGCAACUGUGCAUGUUGCCAGCUCUCAAGGAGGAUCUGGAUGAGGUGCAGUUAUUGCCGGAACACUUCCAAAACUAUAAUAGUGUGCUCAGGCAAGAAUUGCCCAAGCUGUAUGACGUACUCCAGCAGAUUGAAAAUAUUAUUCUACAAGAUGCCGCACAACUGAAGCUCCGGACACAGCUCGUCUUAUUGCUUUGUGAGCUGACAGCAACACCGACUGUUUAUAAACUUAGUGCUGAUGCCGAAGCCGAAUUAGACAAUGCCAAUAGACUGCUUCAGAAGGUUAGCGUCGGUUGCCAUUCUGCUGAAGCAACACACAUAUUUUCCUAUUAUGAGCAACAUCUACAGGGAAAUUGCUGGAAGCGGCAACUUGGCGCAACGCAUGGUUAUGUCAGAUAUCUGGAGUAUUGUUGCACUGGAGAUGCUAGAUUCCCUGCAAAGUUGAUAACCUUUAGCCUUGCUGUAGGUUUAAAUUUUCGUGAGUGCUAUCAGCUGGAAUAUAAACAGCUUGGAGUGCGAAUUUUUCAAAUAUUGCUUCAACAUGGCACAGUUGGUGAUAUUCAAAAGCUGAAUAUACACAGCGUUAUUUUUGAACACGUUUUUAAAGACACUCAUUGUAUGGAUUCUCUGGAAGCUACGAUUGCCACUUGGAGCUGCCUUUUCUUGUGCUUAGAUCACUUUACAGAACUAAACAGCUUUACAUGGAAUCAAUCGGAUGAUAUGCUUGAACGUCUUAUACAAAAUGUGAAUCUAGCGCCCAAUGCGGAAACAUCCAUUCAUCUUAUUGGCUUCAUAACAAAACUCUGCUACCAUUUUACUUUAAAUCUAAACGAAAUUCAAGUUGCAUUCGCCAGUGAACAUAAUGAACCCAAUAAUAUUUCAGACCAUUUAGAAAUUUGUGCAUCGCUUACUGCUUGCACCAGUUAUCGCUGGGCAAAGGAUAUACUACAAAUGUUUCUUCUUCAGUCAGAUAAACUGUUUCAAAGCGCGAAAGUCUGUACUCGUAUGUUAACAGAAAUGCAGCGCUGUUACCUGGUUUGUAUAUUACCUGUUCCCUUGGAAGCAUUGCAUAUUCAUUUGCCUGAAUUUUAUACAAAAUUUGUGGCUAUACUGCUUGAAUCUCAUGUAGUGCAUGAAAAGGCACCUGAUAUUAUAAAGUUGACUGAAACUUUUAUUGAAAUAUUUCAAUAUCAGCUAAAAAACUAUUCGCAACAACAACAACCGCUCGGAAACGUAAAUGAGUUUGCGAGGGCAUUUAAGAGCCUGCAGAAAAUUGUUGCUAAAUAAAGAUUUAAAUUUUUACGUUAAA